UGACCUUGUUGCCAUGACAGCUGUACUGUCUCUUUAAGAUACCCGGAAACGGUUCCCUGCUAUGUGCUUACUGGUCGCGGUUCAAACAGACAGCUGACCUCCCUCCCGGCGAUGAUAUCCCACCCUGUAAUCUAUGUUCUUCGUAACAGUGUGAGGUGCUGGCGACACCGGGCUGUCCUUAAAGCCGCUCUGAAGGCCUCGGACUUCAGCGUCCGGCGCUGCUACUCUACCCCAGUUCGUGGCGGUGUGACGGGCAUGGAGGAGAUACUAGCGAGGGUCGUUGCACCUUUACCCACAUACGAGACGAGAGACAAAUCCCCCCCUCCUCCUGAAUCCAGCAGCGUGGAGUUCAUGCACUUCUACAGAGGUCUAGAGAAGGAAGACAAACUCGGUUUCCUGGCGAAGCUGUCGCAAGAUUUCGGGGUGGAUCACAAAAGUGUGACGGAGCUCGCCGGAAAGCUACUGGACACCCAGCUAAGGGACUUGGCGACCAUUUUGCAAGUUGAAGACAGACUGCGCUACAACUUGACCCCCCGUUACAGACAGUUGCUCAACCAUAUAAGCAGGGUCGAGGGGGGAGUGAAGUUUCUGGUGGAUCUCAGAGCCGAUGUGCUCGAAAUUAUCUCAUCUAAAGCUAUCGAGAGCCCACACAUCAGGGACCUGAAUGGCACACUGAAGAGCUUGCUGUCUGAGUGGUUCUCUGUAGGUCUUCUCCGUCUGGAGCGAAUCACCUGGCAGUCCCCCUGUGAGAUCCUGCAGAAGAUCAGCCAGUAUGAAGCUGUCCACCCUGUGAGGAACUGGACUGACCUGAAGCGCAGAGUGGGGCCAUACCGUCGUUGCUAUGCCUUCACCCAUGCUGCCAUGCCAGGAGAGCCCCUGGUAGUGCUGCACGUGGCCCUCACUGAAGACAUCUCUGAUAACAUUCAGAGUAUCGUCCGUGAGUUUGGAACCCUCGAUGUUGAGGAGGAUGUGAAUAAGAUCAAUGCAGCCAUCUUCUACUCCAUCUCCUCCACCCAGGCUGGUCUACAAGGGGUGGAGCUGGGCAACUACCUUAUCAAGAGGGUGGUGCGGGAACUGCAGAGCGAGUUCCCUCACAUGGCCCAGUUCUCCAGCCUGUCACCCAUCCCAGGCUUCUCCUCUUGGCUCCAAGGCCUCCUCAGCCAGUACAGGAAGGAAGGCCGCGGCUCCGACCUCCUCUCUGAGCAGGAGUGGGGGGAGGUGGAGCAGGCCACUGACUCAGCCCCGGGGACCCCGGCCAUAGAUGCCCUCCGCAAGCUGAUCAGCACCAGUGAGUGGAUGCGCUCCGAGCGUCUGACCCGCGUUCUGGAGCCCGUCUUGAUGCGGCUCUGUGCCUGGUACCUCUACGGGGAAAAGAGGCGAGGCUACGCUCUCAACCCGGUGGCCAACUUCCAUCUGCAGAACGGCGCCAUCAUGUGGCGGCUCAACUGGCACGCUGACACCAGUCCCAGGGGCGUUGCGAACUCCUGCGGCAUCAUGGUGAACUAUCGUUACUUCCUGAAUGAGACGUCUACAAACAGCGCACUUUACCUGCAGAAUAAGGUCAUCACGGCAUCAGAGCAAGUGCUGGGGCUGGUGUCCCAGUUUCAAAAGAACAGCAAAUUGUGAGAUACAGAUGAGGAUACACCCAUAUAUACACCUUUGAUCUAUUGGUCUGAAAGUUUGAAUGCACUUCAAUGAUACUAAUGACUGGCAAACUUUUGUUUUUUUGAUUUGUCUUAAAUAUUUGACAAUUCAUCUAAUAUAAAAAAAAAAGUGACGGCUUCGUAAGCACCACUGAAUGGACGUCAGUUGAUCUUGUUUUUGAAUUCAUCCCGUCUGCUGUAUUUAAUGCAUAGCUUAGGGUUUUUUUGCCGCAUUGGGUUUCUGGCUGAAGCUGUUUCAUAUUGUGUUAUGGCUUCACAGGUGGAGAGACUGUAGCUAAUGAAGCACGAGGCAUCUAUCAAUGCCUUACCAUGUUCCUGGAUAACAGUGUGUGUAAUGGUGAAGCAGGAGCUAUGAGUGAGUGCAGCUACUGGAAUAAAUGGUGUUUAGAUUCUUUCA